AUGACCUCAUACUCACCUCCAACGGAAACCUUCUGGAAGGUUGCGCAAGGUAUGUUCCUUCUCCGCCCCCAUCCGCCGGAUGUCAACCCGAGAGCGCUUACCUACCCUCUGGAAGUCUGGACCUGGAAGAAGAGAUGCACAACCCUUGGCCGCCCCCUCCCUGCUCCCCCCAGUCCGCCUCUGCCGCCGCAAGCCGACUCGUUCCCCCCCGCGGCGCCCCAUCCGCUUGACCAUGCUUCGGGCUCGCACAUCCGUCUACCUUACGCUACCUUGAAAGUUUACCUUUCGUUGGUUCAGUCUAGGUACAUCUGCCCCGGGAAUAAGAGCACAUGGUAUAGCAAGUGCUGGUUUGUUCCCGGAGGCGUAUGGCGUGUGCGAGUUGUCGGUUGCUGGUCGCAAUCAAACAAGGUUACGCAACCUUUGACGGAUAGUGUCGAUCUGGGGCUUGAGGUACCUAGCCAUCCGCCAUCCACACUCUCAUUAACGCAAGUGCAGAAUGCAAGUUUGGCCCCCGUUCCCUUCCUUGAGAGAGCAGCCGGCAUGAACAUUGGCACAUAA